CAACGAGCGCCUGCCGCUGGCGGCUUGUUCGUUUCGAUCGCUGUGCGGGAUCCUUCGUCUUCGUCUCCCUCUUAACCGCUGCUAGCAUCACUGCUAUUACUACCACCACGAACUAAGCAACUGCAACGGCAGCUGCCACUGCGCCAUCGGCACUAGUCAGCUGGCCCCAAGUUCUAGUCAUUACUAACCUUCACUAAUUGGUCAUUACAAGCGUCACUACGACACGCGUUCUACCAGUGUUACUGUUAAUGCUGGCGCUACCGCUAAGUAUCACAGUUAGAACCUAUAACCUAAUAUUUGUCUAGCGCCUAAUCUAGUGUGAAAGAUCUAAGUCAAAGAGACGGCCUGCUUGCUAGCUCCCUCUAGUGAGAGUAACAAGUAUCAGCCCACCCAGUGGACGUGUUUAAGCUGAAAAUAUUAUAGAUACGAGAGUAACAACGACAAUUCUAGUACGUUACCCUAAAUCAACGAAGAUAACGACUACCGCCGUCGCCGUCGCCGUCGCCGCUACUGGUAUUCCAUAAGUGGUAUCGCUGUGAUUACGAUUGAGGUUAUCCAGUGCGGUUCGCGUCACUGACACACGUAACCAUAUUAACUGCCUGCCUGCUUUCGCGCGCGUUUCUCGUGCUGCUGCUGUUCAGCUUGAAGAACAGGUGCGAUAUGAACAGUUGCUGUAUGUGCAUUUGGCCUCCUCGACUCGAAGACCAUUGUUGAUCAUUGGCUUUCGUAAGGCCACACUUCGAAACCGGCUCCAUAAGAUUUACGUCAUUAUCAUCAUCGUCGUCGUCGUCAUCGUCAUCAUCAUCAUCAUCAUCAUCAUCACCGUGGCCGUAGAUCUGCGAUAAUAGCAGAAGUCGCUUAUUAUCGUCAGCGUUUUUUCGGCUGCUACCGAGCGUAUGUUAUAGAAGCAGCAGUAAGCUUGCCGUCAACUUACCUUCGUCCCUAGCUGUAAUAACUGUAUAUCUGCAUGUGUAUGUGUGUGCGUGUGUUUAAGUGUAAGUGGAAGAUCAACGCAAGAGUGGUCUAUUGAAGCUAAAGACAGCUUCGAUCUUGAGCUUGUCGAAUAGAUAGUCGACGCAUUUCCCUCCGGCGAAAAAGAGGGGCGCCGCUGCCGACGAAGGAAAUACCUUAACGCUAACAACAAUAAUAAAUACAUUAAAUUCACAAGUAUUGAAUUAGUGAAAUGUGUAAGGGUAAAAUAUAAAGCGAGCUGAAGGGGAAAACCAUCGAUUAUCUCGGCAUCGACGCUACCGUCAGAAUCGCUGCUAGGACAGCCCCGAGCUGCAACUACAAACAACCGCUACAGUCUGAGCCCCUCAGUAGACACCGCCGCCACCAUCGUACAACAACAAAGCGGUGACGGUAACGGUAUCAACACGGCGGCAGUGACAUCAUGAGCAAUAUGUCAUCGUAUUACGAUUACUAUCAAACAGCGGCGACCCAACAGCCCCGCCGAUUCGACCCAAACCCUAAGGAUGUCAACUAUCGUUGUUACAUGAACUACCAAAAGUUUGACACCCAGCCGGUUGCAGUAGGUGUGAACGCAUAUGGCCCAACAUCUGCUGGUGGCCCCGGCGACUAUAUGGGUCACAGUGGCACGUCCGCCAAUGUGAUGGGUCUGGGUGGGCCAUCAUCGUGCGAACCUGGCGGCGUGGUGUCAUCUAUUCCCUAUCCGGGGCAUAGUCACAGUCCUGUCAUGCCAACUCCCUCAUGUGGUGGGGGUGGUCAGCUGACUGGCAGCGGAAGCGGUGGGGGCAUUCCGCCGCAACAGCAGCAGCAGCAGCAGCAGCAGCAACAGGCGGUAUGCAAUCCCGCCGCGAUCGUCGGCGGCACCGAGGACGCCUUGUCAAACUCGAGCGAAGACCUAUGUUGUGGUGGUGGAAAUGGCGGUGGUGGUAGCAGUGAUCUGUCAGCGUCCUCUCAGCAUACGCCCCCACUGUCGCAGACGUCCGCGGCGUCGGCCGGAUACGGGCCGCUUUCGACGGCGUCGAUUUGCACAAUGACGCCGAGCGUUGUUCCACCAGCAAACGUCAAUGCAAGCAUCUCGUCGGUCGCAACACACGAGGAUCGAACCUGCAGCUCGCUAAGCCCGGGCAGCCCGUACUAUCCGACCGCGGCCCCCAAUGAGUGGGAAAGGCAUUCGACAGGAACACCUGAGAGUAUGGUUCCUCAGUGUUAUCCUCCGCCUCAACCACCGCCUGGCGGAGAUUUCACACCACAACCGCCGGAAGACUGCAGUAGCGACCAGGGUUCAUCGAAAGACUGUAGUAUACUGUAUCCUUGGAUGAGAAGUCAGUUUGCAGAGCGCAAGAGAGGCCGCCAGACCUACACGCGCUUUCAGACGCUGGAGCUUGAAAAGGAGUUCCGUUUUAACCGUUACCUCACGCGCCGAAGGCGAAUCGAAAUCGCACAUGCCCUCUGCCUCACGGAACGCCAGAUUAAAAUUUGGUUCCAAAACAGACGCAUGAAAUGGAAGAAGGAGAGCAAGACGAAGGCCCAUGAGGAGGUGUUCGAACCGGAAUAUUCCGAAGCGUGAGAAGAUCCGAAAGAUGAAAAAUAGGUCAAGGUUCGACACGCGAGCACACGACACCACCUUGGGCCCUCAUGCAGCGAUGUCCUUCGUAAUAAAAAUAAAAACCGAAUAUGUAACGCAAAGAUCACCUAAUUCAUCAGCUCAUCACCAAUUACCUCAUUCCUUCAUCACACGGCCGAGGAUAACACGAAAAAAAUUGCAGGACUCCAAUUAUCUUUACUGAUCUCUUCUUCUUCUUCUCCGACUGGACAUAACCGAUCCGCGCAGUAUCAACAACAAUACCGGCAUCACGUUUCACGUGGUUAUUACGUACCUACGUGUCAUGUUGUCAUGCGUAUGACAUGUUCUGCGCCAUAUACUGCUGUUACUGCUACUAGCGUACAGGAAAUAAUUGAUCACGUAUGGCGCAGUUGUGCACGCAUGCAUAUACACACCCAUAAUACGAAAUAGUGCAUUGCGCAGGCGCACACGAGCGUCCACCAUUUGUGUAUGUACUAGAAGCAGAAAGAGUCCAGACUAAGCAGAAAAAGAUGUGAACAACGUCGAUUAGAAGAGUCAGCGUCGGCGCGAGAGGUCCGACGCAGCUUUUGCCCCGAAGGAACUGACUUCGACACGGGGGAUGCAGCACGAAACGGACACGGAAGUGAAGCGAACAACAGCAACGCUCGCUCUAGCUGCAACAUAAACCGAAUACACUCCUCCUAUAGCAUCUAUCAUAGCAGUCGCAGCAAAUAAAUAUUAAGCGGGGCAACAACAGGAUAGAAAUGCGCACGCCAUAGGGUCGUGCGGGACCUGUGC